AUGCCAUGUCUCGUCGAACUAAAAGCUUCUUUGAACAAGACCAUUCCGCAAAGGUGGGCCCUCUUGCUGUCACUUUCUUGGUCUCAAAUAUCGUGAUUGACUGGCAGGUGCUGCGCAAUUUUUUAGGCAAAAGCUCCAUACUCAUAUAACAGGAGAGGGAAUCCCAACCCGCUACAACAACAGCAGCACCAACAGAACAUAACUGGGAGCAACCCUUCUACAAUUCCUCCUUCCAAAGAGACAAAGGCAAAACUGAGCGCAUUUGCUUUCGGUGGCUUGACCCCUCGCCGUGGGAGAAUGGGGUCCGGCGGUGGAAAGGGGGCAGCGGGAGAGGGAGACGGCGAGAAUGAUGCAGAAGCUUUAGCAAGGACCCUAGACUCGGAGCCGAUGUCGGAUCCGACCAAAGAGUGCCCACAGACUCCCGCCCCACGACUUGCCUUGUCGGAUCUCAUCGGAAUUGGCGAGGAGGGAAAACUCCCACAGCCUGUAGCGCAACCAGAUGUUUCCCCGGAGGAUAGGAUCAUGUGGCAGUUGUCACCGAAUGGCUCGCAAGUAACGCCGAAGGUCAAGGGGAAAGGGCAAAAAAGGAAGAGAAAUAUCGAAUCACCCCCAGGGAAUGUUGCUCAUCAGGACUCACCGGCACCGAGAAAACCGGGCACUUUUAGCUUGCAAGGCCUGAACACGGACCUAAAAACGCCAUCAGCGGAUCCUGCGAUGCAAUUAUGGAGUAAAUAUUCUACAAACACUAAUUCUGGUCCUGCGGCUGCGCGCCCCAUCAACCCCGUCGCUCGUCUUUUCAAGAGCGGGGAAGCGUCUCAAAACGGGGUCUCGGAUACGUCGCCCCUCGGUUUGAGACGUUCAUAUAGCUGUGGUCCAGAUUGGCCUGGCCAUUCUCGCUUGAAGAAGCGAAAGACAAACCCUGAGUUGGGUUCCGAAGCAAGCAUCGCGGAAGAGCCUACAGAGGACCCCAAGAGCCUCACCGCCGGAGCCAGUGGCCCCGGGCCGUCGAGAUUAUCAAGAGUUAGUCGCCUGGUUGACAAAGUGAAGGAGACCUUGGGAAAACCCUUAGCCCCGCCAGAUUUACCAUCCUCUUCUUCCCCAUUACCGGAAAGACAUCCCAAUUUCGGCUUGACGUCGUCUCCACUCGGUUGUGGAAGGCUGAGGGCACGGGGAAAUCCUUCUCUUGGUAGGAGUAUAGCACUUGCCGAAGAAUCCGCGCCUAUCGAGAGCUCUGACUCGGAGGACUUUGGUGAGUUCGACGAGGCUGAUAUUGACAUGGAUAUGCUGGAAAAGGCUGAGGAGUUAAUAAGGGGUUCCCAGUCCCAAACUCGGCCCAACCCGAUUGCAGAGGGCUCCUAUAAUCCCCCAAUACCUACUCGCGAGCAGCCAAUGCAACCGGCCCAGGGGAACUCCGGGUUAUCCGUAGGUGCCGGUGGAGAAGACGAUUUUGGUGAUGGGGAUGAUGAUGAUUUCUUCACCCAAAAUUUUGAGGAACUGGUUGCUAAGUUUGACACACCUGCCGUUGAACCCAUUCCGGCCAGUAAUCUAGCAGGAGGCCCUCGAGGACCGGAUCAGGAAGGGUUAGUCGCUAAAGUUCGGGAUCGAGCAGACGAAAAUGCCAAAUUUCUGGAAGAAUUUGGUGAAAUUGAUUUUGAUGAAUGGGAGGAAGAGGAACUAAAGAUCACUCAAGGGCUUGUGCGUAUUACCUGUGACUGGGUUCCGGCAGUUCUCUAAUAAUUUCAAGACAGAUAUAAACGCGAAGGUCAUAAAAAGAUAUCUAGUUCUGGAAAUAUCCGAAAGCCAGUGGGAACUGGGGAAUCAUUUCUCGCAAAAUCAAAAGGUGGGGGCUUUAGUAUAUACUUUUGAAAUGCUGUCAUGCUAAUCUGCUCAGGUAUUGAAAGUUAAAGAUGAAAGACUAGAUCAUGAGAGAACAAUUCAGCUCCGAGAAUCGUGGUAUCUCGAUACCGAUAUCUCUAAAGGCGACUAUCUACAUCUGAUCGGAGCUUUUGACUCUUCCGGAAAUUGUGUCGUUGAUAAUGCUCACAACAUGAUUAUUCUUCACCCGGAUUUCCUUGUUUCAAGUACGGUGGUAGCAGACUCCUUUAGCUGUGUACGGAAGGCAGUUUUCCAAGAUCGUGUCAAAGCAACUGGUGACAUCAGUAGGCCAAUGGUGUACGGAAAUAUUCUUCAUUCACUUUUUCAGAUUGCUUUAGAAGCGAACGAUUUUUCGACUGUAUUUCUACGAAAAAGCAUAGACUCACUCGUCGUCCAGUAUGUAGAGAGUCUAUAUAUGUUAAAAGAGCCACUUCCUGUCGCGACGGAAUAUUUAUCCUCGAAAAUACACCUUGUCCAAGAUUGGGCAACUUUGUUCAUUUCGAAAAAGCCUAAGGUAGUGUUCUUUCUGCUUUGGAAACUCGCGCAGCUAAUCAAUAUACCUGAAGGAAAAUGCUAUCGUUACCGAGCAUCGCACAAGAUAUAAUCCAAUAGUUGCUAUUACUAAACUUCUCGAUAUCGAGGAGCAUGUUUGGUCUCCAAUGUUUGGCUUAAAGGGGAUGAUUGAUGCCACCGUUCAAGCUACAAUUAUUGACCACAAAAGUGAGAAAGUAUUAACUAUCCCACUCGAGCUCAAGACCGGCAAAAGCCCGACUGUAAUGAUGCACCGCGCUCAGACAAUGCUCUAUACUCUUUUGAUGUCGGAUCGAUAUGGUAAGUUGGCUGGUAUUAUCUAUCGGCCAAUGGCAACUAACUUGAUUUUAGACAUCGACGUGCAAUGCGGAUUGCUAUACUACCUGGAGAGUAAGGAAAUGAUUCGCGUUCCGGCUAUCAGAGACGAGUUACGCGGGAUGAUCAUUGGUCGUAAUCGCCUUGCGAGUUACAUUCGGAACAGAGAGGUCCUUCCGGAUAUGCUAAAAAACAAAUAUACCUGUGGAAACUGUUAUGCUAAGGAAACUUGCUUUAUAUACCAUAAAGUAGGCUCAAUCCCGCAGGUGACACUCCCGGCGGGGCAAGUGCUAACCGGCCAUAGCUUCUAGAAGACGGUACCCCCCAAACUAGUGGCGUCGAGGACCAUUUCCACGACAUCACCAGCCACCUUGGCCAGGCGCAUCAAACAUUCUUCAAGCAUUGGGACAACUUACUAUCCAAAGAAGAGAAGGACAUCUCUCGUUUUAGGAAAGAGCUUUGGGGACUGCUCAGUUCUGAACGAGAGGCGCUAGGAAGGUAUUUUGCUAUAGCGCCCGUUUUGAAUGUUGGUACGGGGCUAAUGUAUAACAUUUGAGUUAAGAUGCUUCGGUCAACUUGUUAUUGUGCCGGGUUCAAUCUCCGUUGAUUCUUCAGCCUCGAAGAUCAAUAGAUACACCUAUAGUUUAACAAAGGGUGAAGGGGCAGCGGUUCCGGGGUUUACUUUCUUGGAUUCUAUGAUCAACCCUGGUGAGCCCAUUGUGAUUUCAGAUGAACAAGGUCACUUUGCCCUUGCGCUGGGUUACAUAACGGAAAUCCGCUACAAUCGGGUCACUGUACAAGUAGACCGGCGAUUGCAUAAUGCGAGAACGCGCAAGCCUGGGUUCAAUAAGAAGACCAAUCAGGUGUUCGUGGGCAUCAUGGAGGUUUCCAAAGAUGGCGAGGAGCAAGAUUUUUCUCAGUCUAUCAGUCCAGGUGAGGGAAUCCGCUAUAGGUUGGAUAAGGACGAAUUUAGCAAUGGGAUGGCUUCUGUUAGGAACAACCUUGUUCAAAUCAUGUCACCCAAGUCAAACGAGAAGUACCGAAAACUCCUCGUGGACUUGGAGCCGCCUGUGUUCAAAAUUUCACCAACAGCUUAUUCAACAAAUAGUAGCAGUCAAACUAAUCUGAAUGAAGACCAACGUAAGGCAAUUGAAAAGGUCAUGAGCGGUAUGUCGUCCCCCUUUCGAAGUGUGCGACGGUGCCGCUAAACAAAUAAGAUAGCCCAAGAUUAUGCUCUCGUGCUUGGUAUGCCCGGAACGGGCAAGACCACUACCAUCGCCCAUAUCAUCCGAGCACUCGUAGGGCAAGGAAAAAGUGUAUUAUUAACGUCUUACACACAUACUGCCGUCGAUAAUAUCCUUUUGAAAAUCAAGAACGACAAUAUUGAUACCCUGCGUCUCGGCUCAGCGACCAAGGUGAUCCAUACAUUUCAAGCUAUGCGCGAUUCCCCAGUACUAAUUAGGGACUAGAUUCACCCCGAGGUCAAAAGCUUCGCACAAUUAGCAGAAGGUCAGAAAACAUCUUUUGAAGAAUUGAGAGAAACCUUCCAUAUCCCUAAAGUUGUUGCUACAACAUGUCUCGGGAUAAACCAGUGAGUCCGCCAUUCAGGUGCAAUAGCUGAACCGGCGCUGACUAAAACUCAGCCCUAUCUUUUCCGAACGCAAGUUCGACUACUGCAUCGUUGAUGAGGCCUCUCAAAUCACGCUGCCUGUCUGUCUUGGCCCGAUCCGAAUGGCCAAUACAUUUAUAUUGGUCGGCGAUCAUUACCAGUUGCCUCCACUCGUACGAAGUCCUGAGGCACGUGAAGGGGGACUAGACGUUAGUUUAUUCAAACUAUUGUCAGAUAGCCACCCCCAGAGCGUGGUAAACCUGGAGCACCAGUAUCGAAUGUGUGAAGAGAUCAUGACAUUGUCGAAUGACCUCAUCUACAAAGGGAAACUCAAAUGUGGCAACGAGCAGGUUGCAAAGAGGACGCUGCAGGUACCGCACAUUGAUGGGCUGUUGAGGCUCCAUUCUUCUACGCAAGAUACACGGUGUGGAAGCGGGCCCUGCUGGAUUCAAGAUCUGUUCGUGGAUGGGUAUGUUCAUCUUUCGGAACCGUUUCCCCUAGCCAAAAAGAUAUCAUGUUAACUCCGUGAAAUUUUAGUGUGAAAGCUUGCUUCGUAAACACAGACAGUGUUCCGGCAAAGGAAGUCCGAAAGGGUGAUCGAAUUAACAAUCCGAUUGAGGCUGAUAUUGCAUUUCAAGUAGGCAUCGAACGCUUAAUCUCGCCUGUCUAAAUACUUCUAACAUUGAUUUCUGCAGCUCGUCGAGGGAUUCUUGAGUUGUGGCGUCGAUCCAUCCUCUAUUGGAGUCAUCUCAGUCUAUCGCUCCCAAAUUAAGAUUUUACAGAACCUCCUCCGUAAUAGACCCUCCGUCGAGAUGCACACAGCGGACAAAUUCCAGGGUCGUGAUAAGGAAGUAAUCGUCAUUUCCCUCGUUCGUUCAAAUGACGAUCAAAACGUUGGCGAACUCCUCCGGGAUUGGCGAAGAAUCAACGUUGCGUUCACCCGAGCACGGAGCAAACUACUUAUCCUCGGCUCCAGAUCAACACUUCAAUCCAACGAACUCCUAGCAGACUUUGUCAGGCUCAUGGAGAGAAACAAGUGGAUAUACAACCUACCGCCCGACGCCCAACUCACUCACUUUAUGUCGCAAACCCAGUCCUCAGCAAGCGUCGACUGUAAGAAGGUGGGAGCCGCCAAGGGUUUAGAGAAUCGUAUGAACGGGAAGAGGUUAUUGAACUCAAGGAGCGCCUUUUUGGGCAACAGGCCGGUUUUGAAAGACAUUGUAAAUGGUGUGAUGUAAGCAAGAUUUGAUUACUCUCGUUGUUCGAGCAUAGCCGGAUUGUGGGCCUGUUCAUAAGUCGUGGUCGCUGUUUGUACAUGUAGGGCUCGCACUGGGUAAAGAGUUUUGUGUUUUAUGCUUAGAGAUUAGUUGAUGGUAUUUAUAUUCCUAA